AUGCCUCGCCCUCUAUACAACACAACACAGCUCCCCAAACAACUCCGCGAUGAACUGGGCCUUUCGGACCUGGCCGACUUGCCCAAGGGAAAGGGAACAGGUGACCGCCGUCGCAAUGGGUACGUUUCGCGAAAAGAGCGGCGGAAGGCUGAGCGGGUGAAUGGGAAGAGGGCACAGAGGGGGAAAGGGAGGCGUGGGGGCGUAGUUGAUGGUGGAGGUGUGCGAAAUAUCGUGUCUGCCGGUGAGCAGAAGCAGAAGCCAACCGCGAAAUUGAAGGUGGGAUCUGCGUCGAAGUCAAAGUUGAUUUUGAAGAACAGGGAGCAAAUUGUUAAGGCAUUUGAGAAGGGGGAAUCAGAGGAGGAGAGUGAGGGGCGUUUUACGGAUUUGCUUAACGAAGAAGAAGAAGAUGGUGAUGACCCUGAUGAAGAAGAAGAGAUAUCCAGCGGAGACGAGCAAUACACAAGCCAACCUAAACUAUCUCAGGCUGUCAAGGAUAGAUUAGCUGAGGAUGAUGCGGAGAUCUCCGCGCUGGAGGAAAAGCUAGGUAUCAAGGGGAAAAAAGGGAAACUGCCACAAUCGUUUUACGACGAGGGAUUAGCGGAUAUACUCGGUGAUCUGGCCGGGGGCGGGAUCGGAUGGGGAGGAUGA